UCCGUCUCUAACCAGCCGGUGGUGUCACUCAACAACCGUGGAGACUUCAGACACUUACAAUCACAACUCACUUUACUGAGUAGGGCACCCCCACCACCACUCUGCACUUCUAUACAGCAGAACCAUUCAAACAGCAGAACCACAAGGUCUGCCCUAAGAGGGGGCUGUGUAGUCCCUCUUAGGUCCAGUUCCUUUGGUAAACACUGUUUCUCUGUGAGGGCACCAACACUCUGGAACACAACACCAAUACAGAUAAGGAAUAACACCUCCUAUCAUACAUUUAACCACAAUCAUAAGAACUGGCUUUUAAACAAUCAAAAAUGUGAACACUUUUAACUGUAUCAAGGUAUGAUGAUAUGUCAUCUGUUUGCAUGUGUGUCUGUUCCUCUCUGGUGUACUGAUGUUGUCUGCUGUACUCUAUUUAAUUAUGUUUUUAUUUUCUAGUCUUGUUGUGGUCAUUUAACAUCUUGCCAAGGACAACAGUUGAAAAUUAGCCUGCUGGCUAAUACUGGCUCAUUUACAGCAAUGUGAAUUAAUGUGCACUGUCCUUUAAAUAAAUAAACAAACAAACAACAUGCUUGAGGAUCACUUUCCCUCUCUGCUCAAAGACUCGGCCUGAUAUCACCUUGUCAUUCCAUAGAGUCGGUUGAUUGUCUUUCCAUCAUCUCCUGUCCUCUCUGAACAGAUUCCUUAAGAGAAAAGCUGUGUUGCUGUUGAGAAAUUGUUCAGCUGAUUUUCUGAUGGUCAGCCAUGGAUGAAGAUGACAGCCAAGAGGAGCUGAUCAACCGCAGUACUUCCAACAGCAAAGGAAAAAGGCCUGCGUUGUGGGCAAUCUCAGAUGACUCGGACAGUGGGGAAGCGGAGUCUGAAGAGGGAGAAUCUGAGAGUGGUGAGGAAGAAGAGGAUGAUCAUCUAGGUGGAGAGGAUGAUAGUGAUGAUGAGGAAGACGAUGAUGAGGAGGAGGAAGAAGAAGAAGAUGGGAAUGAAGAGGAAGAUGAUGAGGAAGAAGAGGGAGACGCUAAGGCUGAGGAUGGAGCUUUAGUUGGAACCUCUGCUGAUCCUGCCGACAUGAGCUCGGAUGAAGACGCAGAUAAAUGUCCCAUCUGCCUUAACUCCUUCAGCAGCCAGCCUGUCGCAACACCAGAGAACUGCGAGCACUACUUCUGCCUCGACUGCAUCCUUGCAUGGGCCAAGAAUGCAAACUCGUGUCCUGUGGACCGUAUUGCCUUCAACAGCAUAUACCUAAGGAAAUGUUAUGGAGGCAAAGUAAAGAAAAUGAUCACAGUACAAAAGCCUGUGAAGGAAGGGGUUGAGGAAGUAGUAGAUUUGGACCUGGAGCAGACCAGCUGUGAGGCGUGUGGGGGCAUUGACCGCGAGGACCGCCUCUUGCUCUGCGAUGGCUGUGAUUCUGGGUAUCACAUGGAGUGUCUCACGCCUCCUCUGGACUCUGUUCCUGUGGAGGAAUGGUUCUGCCCAGAGUGUGAAGCCACCAACCGUCGCUCAAGGGUUUCAGCUGAAGAACUUAGCGACACAGAGAGCCUUCCCUCUACCGCCCGUCCUGCCACCAGUCGCUUCCAGUUUGGUACUGCAGGUCCCACCAGAGCCAUCGCCCGGACACAGCAGAGCGAGAGGGUUCGCGCUAAUGUCAACCGCCAUCGCAUCACACAGGCACGCUCCUCACAGUUGGCUCCAACCUUUCUCAUCCAGUCCACUUGGCUCGAUGACACUAUUAACGCUGUGGUGGCUGGGCUCAACACGGCUGUGUAUAUACGGGACUUCACCCCCCGCCCCCCAACUACCCACAGGCGCAAGACCAGAAAGCGCAGGAAGGUCCGAAGAAAGACGACAUCUUCUGCUAAAAGUAAAACAGGCAAAGCAGCAACUACAGGAGUGAAGAGGAGGAAACGGAGAGUGAGGAGGACUAAAUCCAGAAGAAGGAUCGUGAAAAAGCCAGCCACUCCUCGAAGCCGUAUUGCUAAUACUCUCCGAAUUGUAAAGGACAAAAAGGGUUCUUCGCUUCCUUCAGUGUAUCGGCCAGCAGAGAACACGCUAAGCAACAUGCGUGCUGACAUCGGUACUGCAUCUCUCUCUAUCCACGGGGAUCAAUAUGACCUGGAUCCAUUAUCGGAACGUGAGGAGGUGGAGCAGCAGGCCCGCGUCACAUCGCUGUUGGAGGCCAAGAGACGAGGGAUCUCUCGCUCUGCUCUGCGCUCUCACCAGCCUGUAGCUCGACCCGUCACUGCAGGCCAUUCCAGGAGAGGUAUGGACGUUCCCCAAUCAGCGGGUUUUGUUGAGGCGGCUCCUGUGCCCGACCUCCUGGGAAGCAUCCUAUCAGGACAAAGCGUCCUCUUGAUGAACAGCUGUGAUGUCGUUAUCAAUCGAGAUGGUUCCCUUAAAGCUACAAAGUCAUUAAUGCAAUCUGAGUUAAACCCAGGCCACAGCAACGACAACAGCUCAGGAGAGGCCAGCACCCAGAUCAGCCCAAUGAUGUCCCCCAACCAAGGAGACAGUUCUCCGUCCCUCCCCUACAAUGUAGACCAACCAGGAUCCUCCCACAGUUCCAUGAACAGACCUCUAUCCCAGAGCUCCUCUCACUUACCCCCCCACACGCCCCUGCAGACCGGCCACAUCCGACCAUCUUCUCAGCUACCUCUUCCGAUCAGACCCACGCACCCCCACGGUCAUCAGAGAAGCAACGGAGCCCCCAGCCCCUCCCUAAGCACCAAGAGCAAGGGGAUGGCCUCAUCACAAUCCCAAAAAGCACCCGCAAAGCCCAUGUGGGUAGAUGUGUCAGUGCUUCCUAGGAUACCAAAAAUAAAAAGGGAGAGCGGUGAUGUCACAAAUAAUGGCACCAAUCAAGAUGUCCGUGAUCGUAGCAGCAGCAGUAGUAGUAGGGGAAGCAGUAGCAAUUCCACCACCAGUCGUCAUGGUCACAGCCUUCCAGAAACGGGCAUGAACAGUCUUGCUGGGGACAGGGGACGGCAGCAAAGUGUAGACCAGCAGAAGGGCCGGGCCGAGGGUCAGAGGCAGAGGCCCGAGGGACCUGGCUCUUCCUCAGCCUUCUCCAACUCGUUCUCCUCCUCUUCCUCCUCCUCCAUGGGCUCUUCUGCCAGCCAGUCUCGUUAUUCCUCGUCGGCAUCAUCCUCGUCAUCGGUGAGUUUCCGCAUUAACACAAGUGGGAACACGUGGCAGUCGAGGCAGGUAGGCAGCUCGUCACUUCCUGUCGCUGGAAGCAGUACGCAGCCGACCCGGGCACAAAAGGAAGACGAUGCCAAAAAGAGGCAGCUGCACAGAGAUAAACAGAAGCUGCUGGCAUCGCGUACAGCGGUCAAACAGGAAGAGAGCAGCGAUACUAUCUACGAUCCUUUUGAUCCCACUCUGUCAGACUCGAGCAGCUCAGACAACGAAGCUGAGAGCGCAAGACUGCAUGGAAGCUCCCAGAAUGCAACACGCGAGGAGAAAGCUUCUAGUUUAGUAAAGAAGAAGCAAAGGCAGCAGGACCUGGUGACUGUCAAAACCGAAUCACAGGACAUUGAGGUCUCACAGGAAGAACCAAUGAGAGCUGAUGCUCAGGAAUCCACAUCCCAGGAGGUCAGAUUCUCAGAAACAUAUGUCAAGGUAGAAACAAAAUCAAGACUAAUAGAUAUGAAGUCUGAGAAAACAACAUCGUUACUAGCCACUAAAGUUAAGAUGGAACCAGAGUUGGAUGACGCAGGGGGAGCUGAAAGAAUUGGUAGCAGCGUUAAAAGUGAAAAGACAGAAGACACUUCACCACCUGUCCAACACAGACUGGAUCUUUUCAAGAUUAAGAGAGAAGAGGAGAGUGCACAGAGUGCUGUCACUCCUAACACUGCUCCUCGAGAUCCAUCAGCAUCUAGCUCUACUCCCAUUAAGAAGGAACAAAAGCCAGAAACUAAAUCUGACUCUAAAUCCUCUCACAAGUCAAGAGAUUUGGGCCAAAAGAAGAAGACCUUCCAAGCUUCGAAGGAGAGGCGCUCUAAAAGUCCAGAGACAGACCGAGGGAAGACCUUCCAAGCUUCGAAGGAGAGGCGCUCUAAAAGUCCAGAGACAGACCGAGGGAAGAGGGGAGACCGUCAGGCAUCAGGCCCAGGAGGCAGACAAAAGGAAAAGAGUUCCAGGCGGUCCAGGUCCAGAGAGAGGACUGGUGCACACUCAGUCUCUGAAAGCUCUCAGUCCCCUGUGAGGAAACGCCCAAAGAGACAGCGAUCCUGCUCCCAAUCCAAAGAGACGAGGAGAUCUAGGUCUGGUUCUGGAUCUAGCAGCAGAGAGCGUUCCAGAAAGAAGAAGCCUUUACAAAGGAGCAAGGAGAGAAGUGAUGGCAGAGAUCGAGACAGUGAUAGAGGCCGAGAGUCGAAGGACAAGAGACGCGGUCGGGGUCGCUCAAAUUCCCGGUCGAAAUCACGGUCCAGAUCCGUAUCCAGGGAACGGAAGAAGGGUCACACACGACUGCCACAGCCACCGCUCUCCUCCAAAGACAAGGAGGACUCUCGAUCAAAAGACAAGAUGAGACGCAGGUCCAGAUCCAGCUCAAGAGAGAAAAGGAAAGAAGAAGGGUCUUCAUCCAAGAGCGCUCAGAAGACUUCAGGGUCCCGCGUUUCGUCCUCUAAAGACACGAAACAGUCACAAGACAAGAAAAAAGCAAAGGAUACACCUGUAAGCUCCAUCAAAGAGGAACACGUUGCCCCAGUGAUCAGACACAAGACUCCCUCCCGUACUCCUGCCUCUGAAAUGACAAAGAAAGACCAUAAGGUAGAGAGCCAGGACACAACAGCAGGAAAAGCUACAGAGAUCAAGGUUGAAAAAGAAAUAAAGAAAGAAAAGCGACCAUCUCUUGAUAUGUUUGAAGAUUUGUUUUCUAUUAGUGAACCGAUUAAGAAAGAAGAAUCUGACAUCCAUGCUUUCAUGGAGGCCAAGAGCAUGGAUGAGAAGGGGAAAGAAGAAGACACCAUCAAGACGGAGAAGUGUAAAAUCCCCAUGAUUAAAUCUGAGCUAAAUUCCCCUAAAUUAUGCCAUUCACCCCCCCUCCCCUUAUCCUCCUCACUGACCACACCUGUCCCAGCAGACAGUCUCCAGGAUACAGUGUCUGACCCAGAGUUAACGGCCUCCAGAGAACAACCAGACUCUGUGAAGCAGGAAGUCCAGGAGCCCUCGGACUCUGAUGAUGACUUUAAUGUCGAUGUGAUGCUGGACAGCCUGGACUAUGUGAAGACCGAGCGCUCAGAGGAGAGCGGUGCAUCUGUCAAACAGGAGAAGGAGGGAGAGGAGGGAGAGGGGGAGGAGGGGAAGAGCGAACAGAUAUCGACCGUAGCCAAAUUCAAGACUCAGGGGAAGAGGGUCACCUGGAAUAUACAGGAGCCUGAGGGGCCUCAACCAGAAAAGAAGUCUGCAAGCAAGCUGUCUCUGUAUAAACUGAAGCUGAAGCAGGAAGGGGCUCGCAGACCCUCCUCAACAGGCCAGACAUCCAGUCAGGUAGGACAGGACAUCACUGCGGCUGUCAGUAAACCCUCCAAGAGGGGGGCUGUUGGAACCUCCUCUAGAUCUGAUGGAGAACAAGGAGAAGCAGAGGAAGGGGAUUUAAUGGGGAAAGAUCAGUAUUUGAAGAAGCUGCACAUGCAGGAGAGGGCUAUAGAAGAGGUGAAGCUUGCCAUCAAGCCUUUCUACCAGAACAGAGACAUCAACAAGGAUGAAUACAAAGAGAUUCUACGCAAAGCCGUCCAGAAGGUGUGCCACAGCAAGAGUGGGGAGAUCAACCCAGUGAAGGUGGGCAAUCUGGUCAAGGCAUAUGUGGACAAAUUCAAACACGCUAGGAAACACAAGAAAGACGAGGACUUAGGGCAGGAGGCUGAUGAUAUGAACAUCUCUGAUAGCCCGUGAGGAGGCAAACAUUGAAGGCGAGGACAGCCACUGCUAACACUAACCCAUACACCAUGUUUUACUCUGAGUCAUAUUACUGGCUGUGAUCUCCAACUCUACAAUCAAAAUGGUAAACUAGCAGCUUCAAGAUUUUAUACAAUGUCAAGGUUUCUGAGUUUUGAAGACUAACUUUUUGUUGAACUGCACCUACUGAGGACUUGUGCUUGGACUGCCACUGCCAAGAAGUGGACUCUUUGUGUUGAUCAUCUCAGAACCGGGAGGCCUGGAGGUUGUGCCUUAAAGAGGCAAAUCUCAACCCCCCCCAUGGAGCCAGAAAUCAGGUAGCUUCGGAUGCAGCUCGGGCUUUGAGUUUCACACGGCUGUUUUGUGGGUAUUUAUCAGUGACACAACUUUCUGUUGGUUAAGAAGUGGUAGAUUAAUAUGCAUUAUUUGCAUAUUUAAGACAUUUGUAACAUUAAGGAACAACACUGUUAUGCAAUUUUUGUAGAAAGUGUAUCCGUAAAGAUAUGAAACCAUUUUAGAUUUGGUUGUAAAUAAUAUAGAUUUGAUAUAUCCACUUAUGUUCCUUUCAUCUAUGUUGCGAAUGACUGAUAUAAAUGGUUCUAGUUUAUAGAGCUGACUGGUUUCUGUUUUGUAUUAUCCGUCUUCCACAUCCCAAACAAUGUUUAAAGAGCUAAAUCCAGUCCAGCGUCCAGUCCACUAAUUUUCUCAAUAAUAGAGAUUCAAUUUGUUUUUUCCAAUUCUGUUUUUAAACAGUUGUGAAUACUACUCCACUCUACCGUAAGUAUACAUUUUAGUUUGAAGUGGAAAGAGUUAAAAUACAGCCUUCAUGUUCAAAAAGCUCAAUGGGUUUCAGUCCCCAGAAACAUUCAUUUCUGUAUUGCCUUGCUGUCUUACCUGGUGCACUCAUGUCAACAUACCCUUUAACAUCAGUUUUUUGUUGUUGUAUGUAAUAUAUAUUAAGAAUUUUUUUUAUUUGCAUGUAAAUCCAUGGUUUUUGAGAUCAAUGUAUUUCCAUGAAUAAUAGGAACAAUAGAAUAUCGCAGCAAUUCCCAAGGUAUGUAUAUCAAAAAUGAACUGUAAUCUGUUCAGGGUUCUCUUUGAGGUGUCUGCUAUACUAACAGUAAUCACAGCUUCAUUAGGACUGCUUUGUCAAUGUGUCUUGAAACUGAACCUCACUCUUUGCUUUCUUUUAUCGAAAUGUUCAUGAGAAAGUCAUUCUGUGUCAAUAGCAGUUUAUUUGCUGGAAAGGCGGAUUAUGAGGGUGGUUGGACUUGCCUUGGACUUUGUCCCAUGAAAUCAGCUUUAUAAAGCCAAGAACUAGGAAUGAAAACAUCUACAAACACAGGUGCUCAUGUUUAUCUGAUUGUAUUUAACUUUUUUCCGCAUUUACUUUAGACAGGCCAGAUGUUUUUAAGAGGGAACACUUGAUAAUAAAUCACUGAUGAUGAAUAGG